GGAAACAUGACAAGCCGCACACACAAGAGCCUCGACGACGCGGACGCGAAGGAGGCGGGGUGGGAGGCGGCGAGGGGCGCGGGGGUGGGCGCUAUGAAGUGGGGCGCCUUCGCCGGCGUCUGCGGCGCGACGGCUUAUGCGUUCUCGCCAGUAUACAGGGGGUUGACGGUGCAGUUUAAAGUCUACAUCCAAAUGGCCUUCAUGAUCGUCGGCUCCGCCGUUGAGGGCGACAAGCGCAUGCUCGCGUACGAACACCAGCUGCGGCACCAGCGACGACAGGCCAGGGAUUUGGAGCUUUGGAGACGGUACGAGGCGGAUUUCGAAGACAGGGGGACGCCCGGGGUUGGAGGGGAGGGGGGCGUGCAUCGGGAUAAUAAGAGCUGAAGGGGAUUUCAUUCGUGCAAUUGACUGAAUUCAAACCUUUACAACUUCUUCGUAGUAUCAUUAUACAGUACUUCCAC